UUGGAGGUAGAGCAGAAAAAACAUCAGUGGUUUCCAAAUAUUGUCACCAGCUGCACUGCACUUUCUCCACCACUCUCCUCUGGAUCUCUGAGCUGCUCAGACUCUCACUCUCACUCACACACUCGUAUCUCUGUGAGCCUCCUGCUCCUGUGACUGAAGCUCUGGUCUGUCACCUGCACUCCCGUCACAGCAUGCAGCUCCUGGUGGUGUUAGCAACUCUCAUGGGGGUUCUGUUCAGCGUUAGAGCAGCCGCCGUGCUUCCUGUGGAGGACAGGAGCUCCAUCCAUGUGAACAGGGAGCUGAGCAAAGAGCGCAAGGAGCUGAUCCUGAAGCUGGUGUCGGGCUUGUUGGAUGGAGCUCUGGACACCAACAUGCUGCCGGGGGAAGCAGGACCUGUGGAUCUCGAGGAGCCGCUGGAGUCUCGUCUGGAAGAGAGGGCAGUCUACAACAGGCUAUCACUGCCUCAGCGUGACCGCAAAGCCCCCUGUAAAAACUUCUUCUGGAAAACUUUCACCUCCUGCUAACAGUGCCCACAACCGUCCGGCUCUGCUUGCCUGCCGUACUCCUUCCCUGCCAGCUCCACAUGAACAGAACCUCAGCUGUACAUAUCAUCUACACCUGUCAGACAUGCGGCAUCGAUGGACUUCACUGACACAGUGUGUCUGUUUGAAUAUUAAUUAUUUAUGUAUACAAUGUUUGUAUUUAUGUAUGUAGGCGUUUCUUUCAGGGUCAACAAUAAAGCAUGGAUAUAACAUUUGA